GAGGAUGACGGAUUUCCAGUGGCCUUGGGAGUAUACCUUUCCGCCCUUUUUCACAUUACAGCCACACGAAGAAACACGACAACAGCAGCUAAAUGUUUGGUCCGAUUUAUUUCUCAAAUAUCUGAAACAUUUGAAUAAAUUCACAGUCAACAUUAACGAAGGAUCAUUUCCAUUGUAUUACAAUGAAUCUCUUAAUCGACGUCUAUCACCAUCGAUGAUUUUACAAAUUCUCGAGAAAUUGCAACGGACCGGACAUGCCCAACCGUUGGACAAGAAACGUCAGGAAUGGCAAGUGUAUUGGCAUACGCUUGAAGAAUAUGGUAAUAUGAUUUACGAAUGGAUUCAGGAGACGGGGCAAACACGGAGUGUAUGCACACUGUACGAAAUAGCCAAUGGCGAAUCGACGGAGGGUAAAGAUUUUCAUGGAAUUGACGAAAGUGUAUUGGUAAAUGUUUUACGAUUGUUGGAAGACAAGGGCAGAUGUGAACUAAUCGAAAUGGAUGGCAGUUAUGGUGUGAAGUUUUUUUAA